GCCCUGAAGAUUAAAAUGGCGUGUCUCUUUCUUCAUCUUGUUCUUUUUUGUGUUUCCCUCCUUGUUAUUGAUGGCCUGUCAGCGGUGAGAGAGGUAAGGGGCAGAAAAGGAGGAUCAGUAAGUGUUCAGUGUCAUUAUGGGCUCACACAAAAAUACUAUGCAAAAUACUGGUGUAAAGGGAAGUUCUGGAGUAGCUGCAGCACUAUGUUGCAGACAGGAUCUCGUGCAGCUAGUGAUAAAGUGUCUAUUAGUGAUGACAAAACACGUGGAAUAUUCACCGUUACAAUGAGCCACCUGGAGAAAAAGGAUGAAGCCUGGUAUUGGUGUGGAAUAAAAAGAGGACACAACAAAGCCAAUGAUGAAAUGUUCUAUCUAUACCUCUAUGUGGAUGAAGCAAAAACAACACCUAAACCACCUGCAACAACAAAGCCACUAGUUCCUGCCACUGUGUCCAUUGUAAGCACUCCCAGAUCAGCAGCAGCAGCAGAUCCACCUUCUACAGAGUCCAGCAGCACAGAGCUCAUCACACACAGCCAAGAGCCAACUGCAAUCCGAAGAUUUUGCAGGUUAUAGACUAAAUGGAAAUUCAGUUAAAAUAAUUAGAACAAUAUAGUAUUGUAAAAUAGGGUGUUCUGUUGUAUGCUGAAAUGUUUGCAUAUAAAGGUGUCCAUUUCUGAGGACAGAUGUAUUCUGGUGUAAAUCUGUGGAGCAGAGUGCAAGUGCAAGUAAACAAGUCAAGCUACAAACAACAUAGG